AUGACAAUCAAAGAUCUUGAUUUAAAUCAAGUACAUCAUCCGUUAUUAAAUGCAUGUCAUUCUCUUACUUCAACUUUAAAUGACGGAGUAAUAUGGCAUUCGACACAACUUCAUUUUAUUCAAUUAAUUGUACGUUUUCCUCCAUUUAAACAAAAUGAAGAACGUAUAUAUGGAAUAUUAUCACGUAUUCUUCAAAUAAUUCAAAAAUCAUUACCACAUUUUCAUCCAUUUGUAUAUGUUCAUACAGAUCCUGCUCAAUUUAAUGUUGAUUCUAAUCUUAAUAUAAUUGCAUCACCAUUUAUUGGUCUUGUACGAAGUUUAAUAACUGAAUAUGAAUGA